GCGUCCUCUCCCUCACUUGCUCACAGUCAAGCAAACGGCAGCAAACACUGCGUGAGAGAGAGAGAGAGAGAACCAGCUCUUUCCCUUCCCCUUCCCUUUCCCCACCCACGGCUAGGUUGCAAACCCUACCUCCUCGCUGAUGUGAGCCCCGCCGGCGACCGCCCCGCCCCCGUCCCCCGCCCCGCGCCGACCCAGGUCGCGGUACCCUAGCUCCUCGGUGAUGUGAGUCUUGCCGGAGGUUCCCGACAGAGCAGCCACCACCCGGCUGCCGGCGGCCGACCCCGUCCCCCGCCCUCCACCUCCUCCCCCCCUCUCGCACGAGGCGCUCUAAGACUCGUAAGCGACUUGCAUGAUGGAGGCUGCACAGGGUCGACCUUGGUCGGAUCUUCAGCCAGAACUCUUGGGCCUUGUCCUCAGCCGCCUCCCCUCCCUAGCUGACCGUGUUCGUCUGAGGGCAGUCUGUCACCCAUGGCGCUCUAAUAGUCUGCAGCAACCGCUUCCCCUCCCAUUCCCGUGGCUCACCCUCCCUAAUGGUACUUUUUGCAGCAUCCCAGGUGGUGAGGUUCACCGCAUGCCUGUACCAAAUGGUGCUAGUUGCCGUGGCUCAGUUGAUAACUGGCUAUUCCUCAUUCACAGUGAUGAUGAGUGCACAUUGAUGAACCUGUUCUCCAAGAGCAUGUUGGAGCUUCCCAACCUUGCCACAGUUUGGCAGCGUGAGGUUCACUACCAAUCUAAUCCUGAACAAUUUUUGUACAAGUUGGUGGCACCCUCACCCCUGGAUUCAUCACCAGAUUCACUUGUUGCGGCAUUGAUCAUUGGUGAUGGGAUUAUGAAAACACUUUGUGUGAGCCAGCCACCGAUUGUCACUUGCUUGUUCAGAUUCAACAUGCGACCAUUACCGGACCUAUUGGAUGUUGCAUUCUUGGAUGGAAAGUUGUACGUGUUAUCAGGCAGUCGCAAGCUCUACAUCCUUGAGUUCUGCAAGAAUCUUGGUAGCAAUUCAAACAUCAAAUCCAUAAUUGACGAUUAUGGUGAUUUUCUUGAUAUGCCAGAAUGCUUUCCCAGAGAGGAGAUAUAUAUGCUCAAGUUCUAUCUAGUUGAAUGUGGUGGUGGACUGUUGGUGGUGAAACGAUUUAUUCGUGUCAUGGGCCCUUUUCCCAGGGAUGAUCCCUUUGGAAAUACCCAGACUGCUGGAUUUGAUGUCCUCAAGGCAGACCUGCACUCUAACCCUUGCCAGUGGAGAAGGAUCAGUGAGUUGGGUGGCCAUGCUCUCUUUGUUGGCCAGCAUGGCUCCAAGUCUCUGCCUGCUACAGAAUGCUGUGGAUCCCAAGAGGAUUGCAUCUACUUCAUUUUUGACCACCCCCCUCCAAAGUUUUCUCCGAAUCCAUUUUACGACUGUGGUGUGUACAACAUGAGAAAUGGGAGGAUCACGCCAUUGAUGUCUCAGACUGCAGCACCUGCACAUGAUGCCGGCCAAUGGCGUUCGACGUGGGUUUUCCAUGCUGGAGCUGUGUGACCAAUCUAGCAGGGUUUGCUCCACUGUUUUGGAGAUUCUCGUAUGUUGUUCUGCUGAAGCCUUGCGAUCAACCCAGCCCGGGCGCUGCCCAUCUUUACCCCCAGUGCUGAAGCUUUGCGAUCAACCCAGCCUGGGCGCUGCCCAUCUUUACCCCUAGUGCUGAAGCUUUGCGAUCAACCCAGCCUGGGCGCUGCCCAUCUUUACCCUAGUGAUAUGUUAUCAUGCAGACUUAAGUUCUUAAUUUGUAUGAUGAACAACCCAGCUUUGUUCUGUUUAUCUUUAUCCUAGUGAUAUGUUAUGUAUGGUCUAGUUGUGAAAUUUUAA